CGCACGGUAUCGCCCAGCAGACUUCCCGGUCUUCACCAGCAUGAGCCGCCAGUUCACCCUCUUCGGCGGGGAGCGCCUGGGCUUCAGCGGCUGCUCGGCCGUCCUCUCGGGCCGGUUUGGCAGCAGCCGCUCCUCGUUCAGGGCAGGGGUCAAGGGCGCGGCGCCCUUCGGCAGCAGGAGCCUCUUCAGCCUGGGAGGCAGCCGGCGCCAGGCGCGCAGCGCAGGGUCCGAGCGGGGCGCCGGCUAUGCACUGGGCCAUGGGGGCGCGGGCGGCGGCCGCCCGGGGGGCUUUGUGGGCACCAUUUUCGGCAGCGCUGGGCUAGGGCCCACGUGUCCCUCGGUGUGCCCCCCCGGUGGCAUCCCUCAGGUCAUCGUCAACAAGAGCCUCCUGGCCCCCCUCAACGUGGAGCUGGACCGCGAGAUCCAGAAGGUGCGCGUCCAGGAGCGGGAGCAGAUCAAAGCGCUGAACAACAAAUUUGCCUCCUUCAUCGACAAGGUGCGCUUCCUGGAGCAGCAGAACCAGGUGCUGCAGACCAAGUGGGAGCUGCUGCAGCAGCUGGACCUGAACAACAGCAGGAAGAAGCUGGAGCCCAUUUAUGAGGGCCACAUCAGCAGCCUGCGGAAGCAGCUGGAGACACUGUCUGGGGACAGGGUGAGGCUGGAAUCAGAGCUGAGGAACAUGCGGGACAUAGUGGAGGACUACAAGAAGAGGUACGAGGUGGAGAUUAACAGACGCACUGCAGCAGAAAAUGAGUUCGUGGUGCUGAAGAAGGAUGUGGACGCUGCCUACAUGAACAAGGUUGACCUGCAGGCCAAGGUGGACUCUUUGACAGAAGAUAUCAAAUUCUUCAAGUAUCUCUAUGAAGAGGAGAUCGCUCAGAUGCAGUCCCAUGUCAGUGACACAUCUGUCGUUCUGUCCAUGGACAAUAACCGGGACCUGGAUCUGGACAGCAUUAUUGAUGAAGUUCGAGUCCAAUAUGAGGAGAUCACCCAGAAGAGCCAGGCCGAGGCUGAGUGCCUGUACCAGACCAAGAUCCAGGAGCUCCAGGUCACAGCAGGUCAGCAUGGGGAUGACCUCAAACUCACCAAGGCUGAGAUCUCGGAGGUCAACCGGCUGAUCCAGAGGAUCCACUCGGAGAUAGGAAAUGUGAAGAAGCAGUGCUCCAACCUGGAGACAUCUAUUGCUGAUACGGAGCAGCGGGGAGACUGUGCCCUGAAGGACGCUCGGGCCAAGUUGCAUGAGCUGGAGGGUGCUCUGCAGCAGGGCAAGGAGGAGCUGGCCCGGUUGCUGCUUGAGUACCAGGAUCUCAGGAAUGUAAAGCUGGAGCUGGACAUUGAGAUCACCACCUACCGCAAGCUGCUGGAGGGCGAGGAGAGCCGGAUGUCUGGUGAAUACCCAAAUUCCAUGAGUAUCUCGGUGAUCAGCAGCACUACUGGGACAGGAGGCGCUGGUUUUAAUGUGGGCUUUGGCACCUCAAGCAAUUACAACUACAGACCUGCUGCAAUGGAUGUCAAGACCAAAGGCAACUAUGUCAGCGAGCUCAAGGAUCCUCUUUGCAAGACCUCAGGCAGCAGCUGUGCAACCAAAAAGGCCUCCAAAUGACAGGCAGUUAGGGUGCUGUGAGCGGAAGGCUGCAGAAUCCAACCACUUCCUCUCCUUCCCAGCGCCCUUUCCAGGUCAGGAAGUCCUUUGUCUCUCACCACAAUCCCAAUCCAACCUCUUUUCCAUGUUGCAGGAAAGCCAGUCAUGGGCUGUCUCACUUGCCUCCUCCCUGGUCACCUUUCACUGUGUGACCGCCUCCCGCACAGAGCUAAUGCACACACCUUGGGUGUUUCCCUGCAGCCAGAUGCCGGCCCCCCUGUCCAGUGCCUCUUGGGGCCUUCAGUGCCAAAGGGUUCUCUUUGUCCUCUGACUGAGAUUGUGUCUAGUUCUCUGCUUCUACAAUAAAUGAUUG